GCGUUCUCGUUCUUUGAGCCUAACAUAUACAAUAAUAUUUUUUGCAUGCAUCAAUAGAUAAAACAAAUACGGAAAUGUCUCAGAAGUAAUUGGAAUAUUCUAUCAGAUAAUCGAGAAAUCAAUAUAAUGCACAAAUAUGCCAAUAUUGGAAGACAAUCUACAAUAGCUUUCAUGAUUAUGACCUACGGUGGAUAUGUUGGUUUCCUGCUAAUACAAUUUAGUCCGGAUCUUCUUGAUAUAGUAAUGCCUCUAAAUGAAUCUCGCUCGCGUCUACUUUUGUAUCAGGCAAAAUACUCGAUCAUUCAGGAAAAGUAUCUUUAUAUUAUAAUGAUACAUGAAACCAUUGCCUUAAUCCUUUGUGGAAUUACUGGACUAGCUGCUGAAACAUUUAUAUUCCUAAUCGCAUUACAUGCUUUCGGAAUGUUUAGAAUUACUCGUUACCGUAUGGAACGUAUGUUAAACGAAGAUGUUUCACAAAUAUCUAUAGCUAAAAGUUAUAUUAUAUUCCAUGAUAAAAUAAUGGCUGCAGUGGACACCCAUAGAAGAGCGAUUGAAUUAUCGGAAUUAAUAAAAAAUAGCUUUGGAGUAUCGUAUCUACUUAUGCUUAUGACAGCUUUAGUUUCGGCCACUAUUAGUCUUUUUCGUUUAUUUCGAGUAAUAACGAUGCAACAGGAGAAGAUCGAAACUGUAAAAUUAAUUCUGUACGUCUUGCCGAUUGUUCUGUUUUUACUUAUGGGUAAUUUUAGUGGGCAAGAAUUUAUAAAUAGUGAUGAACUUGUCCAUCGAGCAAUAUGUAAUACAGAAUGGUACAAUGCUCCAUUAAAAAUACAAAAACUUAUAUUCUUUUUGCUGAGAAAAACUACAAAAACUUACAAAGUUGAUGCUGCUGGUCUGUUUAGUCCUUGUUUGGAAGGUUUAACCGCAGCCGUGAAUUUAGUGCUCUCUUUUGUGACGAUCUUGUGUUCCAUGUAAAGAGAAAUAACUUCAGUUACAAAAGAUACAUCCGGCGAGUUUAUCAUUUUAUAGAGAUACAUGAAAAUGUAUAGCGAACUUACGAAAUCAUAUUUUAAAAAAUUAAUGAGCAAUGUGAUUAACGGUUUUAAUUAAAAAUUCUGAAUCUGGACUAUGUUGUUGUUAAUUUUGAACUACUAUUUAGGUGUAAAGCUGACACAU